GCGCUCGGCGAGUCGUGGAACCACUGGGCGGUCAUCCCUGCCGAGCUCUUCAUCUCCUUCUUCCUGUUUGGCAUCGAGGAGGAGCCCUUCUCGGUGCUGCCCCUCGAGGCGUUUUGCAACGGCGCCAUCGCCGCGACGUCGCAGGAGCUGCGUUCCCGGUCGGGUGACACGGCGUCAGAGUGA